CCAGGUGGCUAUUGUUUGUUAUUGAUGACACCAGACGAACUGGAUGAGAUGACGUAGCUUAACUCCAUUUUUAACGUAAAAAAGUUUAGUAAUAAUGUCCAGAUUAAAUGCCCUGGUUUUCCUUGCCCUAGUUUCGCAAGUAAAACUGGAAAUACGACAAGACGUCGAUGGACCGAGCGGUACUCUACAGGAAAUUCGUAAGAAGUGGGGAGCAAGAGAACUAGUCAGAGAUUUAGAUCAUAUCAAAGAAGAUGUGAAGAAAAUGACAAGAUUACAAGAAUUAGGAGAAAUAAAAACUGAUGAAGCCAUCUUUUAUUUCUUUAGAAUGCAUGAUUUUGAUGAUAAUAGUAAGUUGGAUGGCCUAGAAUUAGCUACAGCAAUGAAACAUACAAUGGAUCAUUCAGAUACUGGUAGUUCAUUUAUUUCAGAUGCUGAUCUUACUGCUGCCAUUGAUUCAUUCUUAGAACAUGAUGAGAAUAGAGAUGGUUAUAUCACUUAUGCAGAAAUAAGAAAAUUUACUAGCAGUGAAGGACAAUAACCUUUUUAAUAUCAUCCUAAACAAGUUUGAUAUAUUAAAAUGUUAUUUUAGAAUAGAAAUUAAAGUAUUUUUUAAAAUGUA